AUGUCAUUUUCAGGUAAAUCAAUCCAAAAUAACAUUGGCUUUAACAGAGGAGUUCUUGAUGCAUCAGACGUUAGGGAACUCGACUGCGAUGAUGUACGUGCAGGUGCUGCAUGCGAUGAAAUGAAGUUGAAGUCUAAGUUAGAAUUGGCUUGGUUGGGUUGGGUUGGGCUGGGUCGGGUUGGGUGGGGUUGGGUUGGGUCGGGUUGGGUUGGUGCUUUUCCUGAUGGUGAAGUAACAACAUUUCGACGUGAUGAUUUACCUUUACUUAAAGAUAUUGUUAAUCGACAAGUAGAAAGUAUUAAACGUGUCGGUCGUCAUCCAACAGCUGAACAAACUGAUAUGUUUGCUUAUCAUUUACCUAAACAUUCACUAUCAAGUUUAAUUGAUAUUUUUGUACUUCUAUCACAAUUAGAUGAUAGUAUAUUUUUUAUGUAUAAUGUUGAAGAUGUAAAAUUUCUUGCUGAUAUUAUUGAAAAUAUUCCAUUACCACUUCGAGCUCGUUAUACAUUUUUAUAUGCUCCAAUUAAUAAAAAAAAUGCCAUUUGUUUUUUUCGUUUUGCUGAUAUGAUCCCUGAUAAAGAAUUAGUUCGUAGUAUUCAAGCUGAACUUGAUCAAAUAAUUUAUGCUGAUGUACAAAAUAUUGUUAAACUUAUGCAUGGUACAAAUUGUCUUGAAGAUACAAAAGAUGUUGCUGUAACAACAUUGACCACAGAAAAAAAAACAGCUGAAGUUAUUGCAGCUAUAAGUGAAGAAACACAACCAACAUGUGGAACUAUAUCUAAUGCACCACAAAUACGAUCAAUUAUUGAAUUAGAAGAAGAAUUAGAUAUCAAUACAACGAAUUUAUCAACAUCAGCUGUUCAAGAUAUUAAAGUUGAAAAACAAUAA